ACUGCUCCCUCCCCUCCAUGCUGCUGGCUGGGCCGGGAUACAGGAAGGAUGCUGGGCCAGGGAAGGAUGCAGGAGGUGUCGCGGCUGGCGCUGCUCUCCCUCGCAGUGUGCGCGUCGGAGUCCCGGGCGCAGACAGACACUACCCCGGCACUGAUCCGACCCUAUGCGGUGCUGCUCAAACAGAACAUGGUCUUGCUGGGGAGCAUCUUAAGCAUCUUGUUGAUAGUGAUGAUCUUCCUGGCCGUGUGCGUGUACAAACCCAUCCGAAGACGAUAGCAGGGUCAGGCAGAACAGAUCUUCUCGUCCCUGCAGACUCUGGCCUGUGACCUCAGGGAUCCCGACAGAUUCCGAACAAUUGGAAGGACCAGAUUAGACCGUCUAUGAACACGAAAAUCUGAGGAUCGCUCCAAUUAUCUUCCAUCUUGCCUUGAGAUUUUAUGAAGCGGACAGGCGGAAGAAUGUAUUUGGUAUAAUGAAAGAAUUGAAAAGGACAGUCUAGCCAUCCCCCCACUAAUUAACGCAUAUUGGAGUUCAUAUAGCAUGUACUGAAACUGCAUAAAUUAACGCAUUAGGUCUGUGGAGCUUUUACUUAUUGAUGAAUGGCUCUAUUAUACAGGACGCGUUUGUAUUGGACACCUUAUGAUGCAGUUCAAGAUUAUUGCAUUACGCAUCAACGCCUUCUAUUCUGCAACAUAUGGCAAAAGGUAUUAUUCUGGGUAACAGUUAUGGACAGCAUUUUUUUCUCUUUAUAUUUGUGUUUAGGAAAUAGAGUUAGUAUAAAUAGAAAACACUUGAGAGCUAUACUGGUAUUUAUUUGAAUCAUAUUAUAAAUGCAGUGUGCCACAUUAAAAUAUAUUAAGAAAAAAAGGUUGGA